AUGUCUAACAAGCCUGUCUUCCUAGCCACGCACCCGCGGGCAUGCUCUACCGCCUUCGAAAGAGUGUUUAUGACCCGUCGGGACGUCCUCACAUGCGCCCAUGAGCCAUUUGGUGAUAGCUAUUACUAUGGUCCUGAGAGACUUGGUGAGCGCUAUGCCAAUGAUGAGGCCGCUAGGGAGAGUAGUGGCUUUUCUAAGACCACCUAUCGUGAUGUCUUAGACCGGCUGGAAAAAGACGGCAGCGAGGGCAAGCGCGUCUUCAUAAAAGACAUGGCUUAUUACUUGAUGCCUCCAAACUCGCAGCCUGCGGCAAUCCCCAAGUCUCUGCGCAAGGGGGAUAGUUACUCUGAAAAGGGAAACCCGACAGUGAUACCCCUCGAUACCCUGAGGAACUUUCACUGGACAUUCCUUAUCCGUCACCCGCGACGAGCAAUUCCUUCAUAUUUCCGAUGUUGUGUGCCUCCGCUAGACGAGGUUACCGGUUUCAAGGAAUUCCUCCCUAGUGAGGCAGGUUACGUGGAGCUUCGCCGGCUGUUUGACUAUUUGCGGGAGCAGAACAUAGUUGGCCCGACGCUAGCUGGCGAAUCAAACGGGAAUAAGGCCGAUGGUGGAGUCACCGUCACUAUUAUCGAUGCCGAUGAUCUUCUAGAUCAUCCAAAUCCCGUCGUCAAGGCAUUCUGCAAGGAGACCGGGAUCGAAUUCACGCCGGAGAUGCUUACCUGGGAAGACGCUGAAAACCAGGACUACGUCUCGGAAGCUUUUGCCAAGUGGAACGGUUUCCACAACGAUGCUAUCCACAGCAAGAGCCUCACAGCCAGGACUCAAGCUCACAAAACUGUCACCGAGGAAUCUGAGAAUGAUGAAUGGCAACAGAAAUAUGGCAAAGAGGCCCAGGAGACAAUCAGAGCUUGUGUGGAUGAGAAUAUUCCACACUACGAUUAUCUCAAGACCUUCGCCAUGAAGUUUUAG